AUGACAGUUUCCAGCAGCAGCUCGGGAGCUCCUCGGAAGCGUCCAAUUCAGGCACCCGCCUGGGGCUACGAACACCACAAGAAGCACCAGCAGCAGCACCAGCACCACCAGCAGCAGCCGCAUACCACUUCAGCUGCUGCUGAGGUGCAACGCACUCGUCAGCGGCUGCCUAUUUACGCCCACCGCAAUACAAUCGUCGAGGCUGUCAAGAGCAAUCAAGUGAUCAUUCUCGUGGGCGAAACUGGAAGCGGCAAGACGACGCAGAUCCCGCAGUACAUAUGGGAAAAUGACCGGGUCCAUGCCCGUGUAGCCAUCACCCAGCCACGUCGCGUGGCUGCCAUUACAGUGGCCCAGCGCGUGUGUGAAGAGGCGAAUCGAGGUCCACUGGGCGAUAGCGUUGGCUACUGCGUCCGAUUCGACGAUACGACGUCCACGAACACACGACUCAAGUUUAUGACGGACGGAAUGUUGGUGCGAGAGGCGCUGCUCUCGCCGACGCUUGAGCGGUACUCGGUCGUCGUGCUGGACGAAGCACACGAACGGACGCUGCAGACGGACAUUUUGUUUGGAAUCGUGAAGCGUGCGAUGCUCAAGCGCAAGGACCUCAAGGUCGUUGUCAUGUCUGCUACGCUGGAUGUGGCACUGUUUCAGAACUUUUUUGAAUCGUUCAAGCCCUCGGUGCUUCAGAUUCCUGGACGGAUGUUCCAGGUCGAUGUCUUCUACACGGCCAAGACGCAGCCUGACUACCUCGACUCGGCGUUAGUGGCUGUGCUGCAGAUCCACUUGCAGGAGAAGAUGGUGAAGGGCAGUAUCUUGGUGUUCUUGACGGGGCAAGAAGACAUCGAGACGCUAGAAUCGCUGCUGGAAGAAUAUGCGCGGUCGUUACCUCCUGGUGUACUGAAGCUCGUGGUGUGCCCAAUCUUUGCUGCCAUGCCGCGUGAGCAACAGAUGAAAGUGUUUGAACCUGCACCGGAAGGGGUGCGCAAGGUCAUCCUCGCCACGAAUAUUGCCGAGACUUCGAUUACGAUCAACGGUGUGCGCCAUGUCGUGGAUACUGGACUUGUGAAGCAGCGCUCGUUUGUAGCGUCGAGCGGGAUGGAGAUGCUACAGACGGAGCCCGUGUCGAAAGCUCAAGCUUGGCAACGCACAGGUCGUGCUGGUCGGGAGGCGCCUGGUAUCUGCUACCGUUUGUUCCCGGAGGAGAUGUUUGAACAGCUCCCAGAGCGGGCGAUCCCAGAUAUCCAGCGUGUGAGUUUGGAAGUCGUCGUGCUGCAGCUGAAGUGCAUGGGUAUCGACGACGUGUUGGGCUUCGACUUUAUCGAGAAACCGCUCAAGACGUCGUUGAUCAAGGCGCAUGAAAAGUUGUAUGCGCUGGAAGCACUCGAUACCAAGGGCAAGCUGACCACACGCGGUCGACAGAUGGCAGGUCUACCGGUGGAGCCCAUGUAUGCUGUAAUGCUGUUGAAAGCGACCGAAUUGGGAUGUGCGGAAGAAGCGUUGACCGUGGUGGCCAUGCUGUCUGUCGAGUCCAUCUUUUACUCUCCUCGCGACAAGAAAGCGGAAGCGGCGCAGUCCCGUGCACGGUUUCUCGCGUACGAAGGCGACCAGAUCACGUUGCUCAAUGUCUUCAAUGGGUACAUCCAGUGCGGAGUAAAGCAGCGCACAAAGUGGUGUCGCGACCACUUUAUUAAUCACCGAGCGAUGACGCGUGUGGAGAGCGUCCGACUGCAGUUGAAGACGUACCUGGAAAAGCUCGAGCUGCCGAUCGACUCUCGAUUUCCUGACAUUGAUCCGUUGCGCAAGAGCAUUGUAGCCGGUUUUUUCCUGAACACAGCUAUGCGGUCCGUUGCUGAGGGAUUGGGUGGUGGCUCCAAGACUGCGUACAAGACAAUAUGUGGUCCGUCCGACAUUGUCAAGGUGCACCCGUCGUCCUCGUUGUUCAUGCGCAAUCCACCGCCCAAGUGGGUCGUCUACAAUGAGCUGGUUUUCACGAGCAAGCACUACAUCCGAUCGGUGCUCGUGAUUGAGAACGAGUGGCUCGUGGAAUUAGCGCCUACUUUUUUUGCCAAGAAAAACAGAGCGACAUUGUAA